GAGCGAGUCUUUACAUGCUGGAAAAGUUUAAAUUCCAAUAGACUGUGGUAUAAUGGAGCUUAAAACCUUUAAGUUUUGUUUAAAAGACAGGUACUAUACUAUUGAUUUUUCGCAGAAUAGUAAGGUGAAUAUCUCUGGAACAAACUCUUUCAUAAUUUAUUAUAUCUAUUUCUUUAUCAACGAAAUUUGAUUCAUGGAAAGAAAAUGUAUUCGCAAGAAUUCGUUCUAAAGCUCUCCUUAUUGUUGGUGGAUAUACUAAAUCGGGUCGGUGUUUCUCCUUUCAUUCGAAGGCUUCGGAGAUAUUAUUGCAACCAGGAAGAAUGGCUAAAUCGUAUGAUUUACCGAGAUCACUCAGUAGAAUUGUUUGUGUUCGGUAGUCGAACUGAAGGUACAACAACUGAGGGAAUGGAAUCAGACCGCGAUGUACUAGAGUGUUAUAAGGAUAUAGAAUUAAUACAAUCACUCGCUGAUGCAAAAGGGGAAGGUUUUAAAACAUUUUAUGGGUAUAUAUUCAACGAUGACAAAACGCAUCCUGGCUAUGUAAAGUUACAAUUAUGUGCACACGAUAUUCCACUGGGUGCCGACCAUUUAGAAACUUUCAGAUCAAUCGUAACGUUUUAUAAAUAUCUCAUUUCGGACGAUGAUAAAUUACUUUUGAAAAAUGGAUAUGGAAAGAUGAAAUUAACAUGUGAUGAACUUAAUGGACCAGCCAGGACUGACAUAUUAUCGACAUCAAAAAUCAAAACAACUCUUGAUAGAAUUUUUGCCCUGAAAUGCUCAACAUGGCCUCAACAAGCAAGUGGUUGGUUUAAGAAAGAGGCACGACAGUUUUGGCCACAAAAAAAAGUUCAAGACCUUCUACGUACUUUUGGUUGCUUUAUUACACCAGUCGGGCAUACAGAAAGCGAAUUCCGAGCUGUCGAAUGGCGAUUGUCGCUCUCCCAAGCAGAACGUUUACUCAUCUGGACUUUGAAUGAAACGCAGUUUAAAUGCAUUGUGCUGAUGAAGCUUCUUACAAAACAAUUUAUCAAAGCAAAAUUCCCAGACAGUAUCACAUCGUAUCAUUGCAAAAAUAUUGUGUUUUCAGUUAUUGAAACAACGGAGGAAAACAUGUGGCAGCCAGGGAAAAUUGUGAUGUGCGUUCACACGUGCUUGGUGAGAUUGCUUCAUUUUGUUACACAGGGAAACAUUCCUCAACAUUUUAUUCCGGAAAACAAUCUCCUCAGACACAAACUCAACGGAAGAAACCGUUUGCAAGUUGAAACAAUAUUACGACGGAUGAUUGAAAACUGUGAUUAUAAAUUUUUUCUGUGUUUAGAAAUCGACAGUAUAGGCAACAUGCUGUAUUUUCGUCUAUCCAAAAUCGGCUACAACGGAAGAGAAUGUAAAAAGAUUAGAAACAUGCUCUGCUCGUUAGCAUUGCAACUUAUUGGACAGUUUACCUACUGGAGAUUAAAAAUGCUUAUUGAAAAGCUUUCAGAGUUCGAAAUUACCAACCUUACUGAGACACUGGGGUUGGUAAUCAAAAAUCAUUUCAAGCUUAUGUCCCAGCUACAAAAAUCAGUAAUCGAAUUUAGGAAUUUACGAUCUUUUAACGCAGCUUCAUUGAUGGACAUAAUGACGUCACAUGUAUCCUCAAGUUUAGGACAUCACAUUUUGUCAUAUGCCGUUCAAGCAAAUAAUAUCAAUGAAGAUCAGAGCGAAAUGCUAUUCCGUAUGGGAUUUCAAUAUAUUUGCGAAGGCUUUCGGGAUGAUAGCAUGGCAAACGGUUUGAAAUGCGCAAAUGUUCUGUAUAAAUGUGGAUUUUUCGUAGAAGCUUUAUCUAAACUGCAAUUAAUCGAAGAAAAAAUGACAAAUCCUGACGAAAGAGAAACGAUACCAAUAUGCAAGUGUCGAGAUACAACGCAAGAAAUAUAUGAUAAAGACAUCAAGAUUUUAUCAACUCAUUCUCUCGACGCUCUUAUGGGGAAUGUUACAGCACACUGCGUAUUUUAUUUGCGAACAGAACAUCCGAUGGCACCAAAAGAUCUCGUUUAUGAAAUGUUUCGUUCACUCGGACAUGAGAGUGAGCUUGAAAGUGGAAGAACCACCUGGAUGAGACAUGCUGCUGUUGAUCCAGUAAUUAUGUUGUUCUACCUCCAGUUUCUAUGUUAUCGGCAGAUAGGAGACGUGUGUAACCAAGAGAGGGCUCUUUUGAACAUACUCAACGAAAUCCUUCUUAACCAAAAUCUUGGACAUAUGGAGACGGCGCUAAACAUUCUAGGUCAUUGUUUUUUUGAACAAGGAUUUUAUGAGGCCGCACUGACGUGUUUUAUCAGAUCACUAAACUACAACUUGGGCGAUAACCCUGACAGAUUCCCAGCCAGAGAAGCGCGAUUUUACGUGAAAAGGCCCCGGGAUCACAAUGCUGCCAAGUUGCACAUAUGUGUGUGUUUGUUACAUUUGCUUCGACGUAUGAACCCAUGUAUAUCGCUUAAAUAAGGUGGAUGAGUUUGUCCAUGGUGGGGAUUUGAAAUUACGGAAAAUUUAUACGUUCUGUGCAGCCAAUUAGCAUUGAUGCCCUCGUUAAACCCACGUAUCUUGCUGGGAAAAUUAACGCACUAGCCAGCUAAGAAAUCUCAACGCAGAAUACAUUCAGAACUUUAUUAACAAACAUUGAGCAAUUUAUUAUCUUACUACUAUGUAAUAUGGUGUCAUGUUUGAAGCAGAAUAUUCCAUUUCUAACUGUACAAUGUACAAAUUUUAAAGUCGUAUCACAGACUGUGGAAUGGAUAAAGCUCAUUGUAUCAGACUUGUAGCCUGUCAGUAACGGGUUGGUCAGUAGCACAUUCGAGAAUCUUAUGAAGGUCGACUAACGGAUCAUCGUACAGAAAAAACACUGCACAGUUUAAAAGCAUUUUUUUUGUUUAUGCACAUUUUACUUAAUGAAUUUGGGGUUUUGUUGUGAAAGAAAAGGCACUUGAUUCCUUAUUACUAGUAAUUGUCUAUUGUGAGUUUUCGUUAACAACCAUCGCCUGUACUUGUUAUCAUUAGAUUUGGAUUGUAUCAUUGUUUACUGUCUAAUUUUCGAGUUGUUAAAACAAGUAUAAGACACUUUUUAUACAAACUUUCUGUAUUUGGAGAUAAACCUAGUUUAACAGAGUGAUGCACGUAUGUAUCUAUUGCAAUCAUUUAAGAGCGUGCAAAUAAAGUGCUGGAGAUUAAUAUAUGACACAAAUGAUAAUCCCACCUGGUAUUUAUCUAUGCCUCUGUAUGACACCACUUUAAAGGAACAAUGAACUAACUGUUUUAUUAAAAACUUGGUUACAAAUCAUUUCAUUUAAUUUAAUUUUCAAGGAAAAUAUUGAAGAGUUUUUAACUUGCUUUUUUAUAUAUGAUCUGCGAUAUUGCGAUAUUGUACACAUAUCAUUAUAUAUACAGUUCAGCUUAAACAGUGGAUCUGGAUUUACUUACUUAAUAAGUUCACAUAUUCAAUUUCUGUAAAAAUUAGUUUCCUAUCAACAUAACCUUUAAUUAACUGCCUAUAACUUGUGAUUGAAAAACACGAGCGUCAAACAUACAUAUAUUUCGGACGUAGGGAAAUAAAUUUGGACAACUAUUUACGUACUUUGUGGAUAAAUAUUGGCAGUGUCUCGAAUUUGCGUGUCUUUCCCUACUCGCCAUUCAGUCAGAAUCUUGUAUGUAUACACCCCUUUCAAUAGUUGAUAGUACUGUCUUAAUUGAAAGUUAAAGCUGUAAGUCUCUGAACGAAGUAAAUCUGAACUCCAAACAAUGAUUUAUUCAGCGACAAAUCACUAAAGGAGAUAUAUCAUUUCUUAAAUAAAUAAUUUCAAAUAUUUAGUCGUAUUUGUACCUGGAGCGUUAUCAAUAAAUCAGCUGUCGAUUUUCAUCAAUAUCCGCUACCAAAUAGUACGAUGAUGAUUACGCGACAGUCCAGUGGUGAUAACGCGACAGUACAAUGGUGACAACACGACAGUACGAUGAUGAUAACGCAAUAGUACUAUACUCAGUUCCAAAAGAAAGUGUGCACUUUUUAAGUUUAAAUAUUUCAAAAAAUUCCCCGACGUUUCUGUUUCAUUUUUUCAUACACUAACUCUCAGGUAUAACUCAAAAUCUAAAAUGCACACCAAUUUCUUUACGAAUUGAUUUAAAUUUUGGUACCAAGCAUUAUAAGUUUUCAUGAAAAUAACCGAGAAAAAAUAACAGAAAACUAAGUGCACACUUUCUUUCGGAACUGAGUGUAUGGUGAUAAUGCGACAGUGAGAUGAUGAUAACACGAUAGUGCGAUGAUGAUAACGUGAUAGUACGAUAAUGAUAACGCGAUAAUACGUAUAUCGCAUUAUCGUCAUCAUAUUAUCGUAUUAUUGCGUUUUCGUUGUCGUAGUAACGCGUUAUCAUCAUCGUACUAUCGCGUUUUCGUUAUCGUAGUUUCGUGAUUUCACGUUUUUAUCAUCGUACUAUCGAGUAUCGCGUUUCAGAUCAUCACAUUCAAAGGCGAUGGCCCCAACGGAAUUCCGUACUUCAGGGCUUCCAGUCAACACAUUGGUUUAAUAAUAUUAUUUUUUGCUUCCGACUAAAAAUAAAUACAAGUAAUCAAUACGUGUUUAUUUCUAUUUGCGGUUAUAAUAUCUAUUCAUGUUAAUACAGUAUCUUAACAUUGUA